UACGAUUCUCCAGUCAAACAUGCCUUCUCAUUCACGUUACAGCCAAUUGUGAGAAAUUAAUUUUAUUUUCCUCUCUAUCAUUGGUCACCUUGGAGGCCGCUCUCUUCCCGCGCGGGCACUCUCAGAGAGGGGAGGGACUGAUAGGGCAUUGCUAAGCGACAGAGAUGCGCUCCGGUUGAGUCCGGUGACCCAGCGGAGUAAGCGGAAUCGCCGAGGUAGCUGCGGGAUGGACCGCAGCUUGCCAAUUUUCUCCACCCAAGACAGACCCUCUGGGGAUGCUCCUCCGGGUCGUCGAAGCCACUACUGGACAUCCCGAAGCCAGAACUGGCAUCCCAAGGUGUCCAAGACCCUGAGUUCAUCCAGGUCCCAGAAAUCCAGGCUCCCAGAAGCUCCCAAAGCUCUAGCCACUGGUCCUAACUCCCCUGAGCUGUUUGAGGAAUCCUGGCCAUCCAGCUCAGGGACCUCUUCCCUACCCAGCACCACUGAGGGACAGAUGGGAGCAUCCCCACCACCCAUCCUGACUGACAGUGGGGACUCCAUAGUGGCCAAGUACAUAAACCGGUUCCGCCAGGCUCAGCCGACAAGCCGAGAGGAACGCCAGCCUGCAGGCCCAACCCCAGCUGACUUUUGGUGGCUACAGCCUGAAUCUCCAGACCCUAGCAGUCAACUUGCAGCAGCAGGAGCCAGUGAACCAGAAGGAAGACCCAACACAGCAGUUCCAAGUCUUGCCAAGGUGGCCAGCACAUCACAGGCUAAGGCUAUGGCCCCCCUUCAGGAUAUAAAGCAGAGCCUGAACACGUGGAACUCAUCCCUGCUGGACUUGGAGACACUGAGCCUGCAAAGCAGAGCUGCCAAGCUACUCGAGCGCAGCAAGGCCUCCAUCUCCUCCUCCUCCCUCAGUCCUGGUGAUGCCAGCAGCUCCUCAUUCCCCAUCAGCUCUGAUGGCCUCUCUCCCUUCUCCAUGACUUUCAACCCUGACUCCAUCAAGGGCUCUGACCCAAAGGCACAAGCAACCCCAGCACCUGCCCCCAUCCCUUCUCCAACCCCGGCCUCUUCCCAGGCACCCUUGCGGCCAGAGGAUGACAUUCUGUACCAGUGGCGGCAGCGGCGGAAACUUGAACAGGCUCGAGGAAGCCAGGGUGAUGGAACCUGGGUGCUACCCCGAACCCCUGCCCUCACCACUACGGUUCCUACCCCCAUCUGUCUACAGACCCCUCCUGCUCAUGAGGAGACCCUUGGUUCCCUGAGAACCCAGCCUAACUACAUCCCACUUGGGAGCAGUGUGGCUCUGCCUCCUCCCCCAGAAGCCUUCCAUGUGGAAAGGCCUCUUAUUCCUCCGGGGUUCUCUCCACAUAUCUUUUGGGGCCCCAGUCAUCAUGGGUUCUUCUGGGGCCCGCCGCCCAGUCCCUGGGUAUCUCUUGGGGUCCUUCCUCCCACGCCCCCCGUCUCCACCUCGGCGCCCCCGACUUCCAUUCCUGCUCCCCCAGCCUCCACCCUUGCGACCCUUGCCUCCACUCCUGCGCCUCCUGCCACCCCCCAGGGCUCGCCUACCCCUGCACCAAGCAGCCCUGCCAAGCUCGAGAGACAGGAUUCCAAGCUCUGGAGAAGCAGAGUCCCACGCUGCCGGGAGUCUGCUGGGCGAGUCACGGCAGCGGGCAAGGGGCCGGCAGCGGACGAGGGGCCGGGCCCGCAGCUCAGAGGCGCCGUGGGCCAGGUAGUAACGGCUCGGCUGUUUCCCGAUAGCCUGGAGGACACGGCUCCUCGCCCUGACGGUCCUCCUCCACGGGAGGCUGAAUCUUGGAAAGUCAAGGACGCACACCUUCAAACCAGGAUUACAUCCCCUCGCUCAGAGGUCACGGCUCCUCUGUCUGAAUCACGGUUCCCACAGGCAGAGACCCCGCCGAGUCGCUCUAAGGCGAAUGCCAAGACCAUGCUCCCCCUAUCGGGGUCUGUGCCUAGGAAGAACAAAGAUACUCCCUCUGCUGAAGCCGAGCAUCUGCAGCCCAAGGUCCCGCCCUCUCCAGCUGAGGAGGCGGCUACAGGUGUCAAGACCCCGCCCCCUCCAUUUAAGACUGGGUCGCUUGAGGUCGUGGCCACGCCCUUAUCUACUGAUUGCCACGCCCCCUCAGAGGACCUGCUCUCCCAGGCUGCCAGACUCCUGCAGGCCGCGGAAGACUCCGACGGCAGCGAGUUCCAGGACGACCCUGUACUGCAGGUGUUAAGGGUUCAGAGGGCGGAGCUGCGGCGGCAGAAAAGGAAAGUGGAUGCCCAAUUAUCCCGCUUGCUGGGCCAGACUGAAGACCUGGGAUCUUAGUCUCCUCUAGACAGGUCGCCUCCUGGAUCCCCAAGGAUGCGGCUGCGGAGGGAGAGAGACUCUCUUGAGGCCAGAUGACUUUGAAUUGCACAAAUUCUGUUUUUCCUAAUAAAUUUUUUUUUCAGGUUACUAGUUGUUUUUGAGAGUUAUUCU